AUGGAGGGUGCUGCUGAGCCAUCCAAGAGUGCCUUGAAGAAGGCCGAGAAGCAGGCCAAGCUGGCGGCCGAGAAGGCUGCCAAAGCGGCGAAGAAGGCCACCCUUCCGGUCGUCGGCGGCAAGAAGACGGAGGACAUCAUCGGCAUCACCGUGUCCAAGUCGGAAAACUUUCCGGCAUGGUACCAGGAGGUCGUCCUCAAGGCCGACAUGGUCGAGUACUACCAGGAAAUCUCGGGCUUCUUCGUCCUGCGCCCCCUGGCCAUGCACAUAUGGACCGUCAUCCGCAAGUGGUUCUCGGAGAACAUCGAGGAGCUGGGCGUCGACGAGGUCAGCUUCCCCCUCUUCCUGUCCUCCAAGUCGCUGGAGAAGGAAAAGGACCACGUCGACGGCUUCGCCCCUGAGCUCGCGUGGGUCACCAAGGCGUACGUUUCCAGCUCUCCCCCCGCCCCUCCUGAUUGUCGGUGGACAUCCUUCUCACCCUCACCCUCGGCAGCGGCGACAAGGACCUCGAAGUCCCCGUGGCGAUCCACGACUCCGUUCCUCCGAACGCGCGAGUUUCUGUGGCAGGAGGGUCACACGGCGCACUUGACGGAGAAGCUCGCCGGCGAGGAGGUGCUGCAGAUCCUGGAGCUCUACGCCGGCGUGUACGAGCAGCUCCUCGCCCUCCCCGUCGUCCGCGGACGCAAGACGGAGAACGAAAAGUUUGCCGGCGGCUACUACACCACCACGGUCGAGGGCUACGUCCCCGCCAACGGCCGAGGCAUCCAGGGCGCCACGUCGCACUGCUUGGGCCAGAACUUCAGCAAGAUGUUCGACAUCACGGUCGAGGACCCGAGCAACAAGGGCACCCACAUGCACGUGUGGCAGAACUCGUGGGGCCUUUCCACCCGUGUCAUCGGCGUCAUGGUCAUGGUCCACGGCGAUGACAAGGGACUCGUGCUCCCUCCCCGCGUCGCCAAGGUGCAGGCCAUCCUGAUCCCCGUCGGCAUCAACAAGAGCACGACGGCCGAGGACAGGAAAAAGCACGAGGACCAGAUGGACGAGAUCAAGCAGACGCUCAGGAAGGCCGGCGUCCGGUCCGAUACCGACUGGAGGGAAGGCUACACGCCCGCCUGGAAGUUUAACGACUGGGAGCUCAAGGGUGUUCCGCUGCGGAUCGAGUUCGGUCCCAAGGACGCCUCCAAGGAGGUCAUCAGCUGGGCGCGACGGGACACGGGCGAAAAGGGCACCUUCCCCAUCGCCGAAGUCGGCACCAAGGUGCCCGAGCUGUUGGAGACGAUCCAGAAGGACAUGUACACCAAGGCCGAGGCCUCCUUCCGGGAGCAUCGUCGCAAGAUCACCAGCUGGGACGACGUCCUCCCCGCGCUCGACGACAAGAAUGUCGUUCUCAUCCCCUUCUGCCUCGACGGCAAGUGCGAGGACCGGAUGAAGGAGCUGACGACGCGAGUCGACGACCAGCGUGACGUGCCCGAGAACCAGAAGCUCCCGUCGAUGGGCAUGAAGAGCCUCUGCAUCCCGUUCGAGCAGCCGGAAGGAAGCGAGCUCGUGCCGGGCGAAACGGCAUGCCUCAACCCCGAGUGCAAGGGCAAGGCGCAGAAGUGGGUCAUGUUUGGACGAAGUUACUAG